AUGCCCCUCUUCCGCAAGAAAGAGAAAGCCAAGCAGUCCCUGUCCUCUGCUGCAUUCCGAUCGGUCGAGCAUCUUCCUUCCUCGCUCUCCGCCCCUCAUCUCGACAACGACAGCAUCGACAACAACAGCCGCUACCACGUCUCCACUUCGCAGCAGUUUCCGCCCCCGAACCAGCCUCAAUCCCAAUUUCACGCUCUUUCCGACGACCCCCAUCAGCCUCCGCCUCGCAAUCCGACCCAUACCUCGCUGCAACGCUCGCACACCCAGCGCCUCCGUACACCGCCGGACGCUUCGACGCUCUCCAACUCGACAUCCACCAUCACGUCCUGGCCCUCUUCUCCUACUGACAAGCCAGACGACCAGGAACCCCGUCGCUCCAAGCGGAGCCUCUUCUCUUUCCACUCCUCGCACUCAUCCUCGUCCGUCCGCGAACACGGCGGCUUGCUGGAGCGCAAUCGCUCUGUGAAGAAGGCAUCGGUCACUGGCAAACGCCAGUCGCACCAGCAGAAGCAACAGCAGCAGCAGCUCCAACACCAACAGCCGCCUCACCAGCAACAAUCGCGCUCAUCCGUGGACAUUUGGUCCAGAGAGUAUGCAGUAGACGGACCGGAGGCUGAGCAUCGAUCGUCCAUGCCGCAGCAGAACGCCAGUCGUGUGCCCCCUGAUCCUGGACUCGUCCCUCACUCCCGUUCGGCGCACCCCUCGCCGAUCCCACGGUCCAACACAGACCCGCAUCUCUUCGACAAUAUCUACCGGCAAGCGCCCGUCGAUACUUCCAGGCGCGCUGCAGACCUAGGUCCCGCGUCACACCAAUUGGACCCGCGACCGCCUUCCCGGCAGUCAAUUGGGCCUCCGUCGCCGUUACCUCCUCCCAAGAGCGAAACAUCCUCAGUUUCGCAGCUCGGUGCUAUGUCAGACCGACCGUCCGGCGGGACCCCGCAAAAUCCGUCUCAACCCCCGCCUUCGGCGCAUUCCUCGUUGCAGGCCGCUCCCGAGCCAGGCCGGAGCACGCCCACGUCGAAAGAUAACCGCAGUCGCGAUGAUCUCGGCGAGAUUGAUAUUCAGGCUCUUCUUCAGAAGCACGAUGAACUCCAGGCCAAAUACUCCAAAGUAAAGCGAUACUACUUCGAACGAGAUGCCCAAGUUCAACAGCUUCAAAACACGGUCGCGCAUCAGCGCAUGGCCGUCUCUCGCACCGUCCUUGAUGACAACGAAUACGCCAACCGCUUCGGUCGGCUCGACGGAGCAAUCAAAGACCUAGCCUUUUCUCUCCGUAAGGAUUGGAAAAUUAUCCCCGAUUGGCUUGCCGGCUCCGUAAACGAGGAUGCACCCUCCACCGGGGCGCGUGAAAUGACCGUUGUUGGCCGUGCGAUCAUCUCCCGCUGGCUUGUUGACGAGCUCUUUGAGCGCUUCUUCCACCCCUCCCUCGAACCAACCUUUAGCCGCCAACUUAAGGCCAUUGAAAUGACCCUCCGCCACCAGCAAACCAAUACUUCUACCGAAGAAGACAAGGAAAACGCCAUUGCCCGCAUCUCUAACUGGCGCCGCACAACCCUUGACGGCCUCGGCGACUCCCUACAGGGUCCCGCAGCCGAUAUUCACCGCGCCCAGAUCACAGACAACCUGGUCGAGUUCCUUGUCGCAACUCUCCUCAGCCACCUGAAUGAUCCGCCUCCGGCCGGGUUCGAGAAUGGUGCUCGCAUGAUUAUCGAAAUAGCCCUCGGCAUCGCUGAAAAGAUUCCUCUUGAAUCUCGGGACAUUUGCGUCUCGUAUCUCGCUCCGGGAACGCCCAUUAAUGAAGCUACGAUGCGCGUCGAACCAAGUACCCUCCUUCCGCCUCUCACAAACGCCGCCGCCGCGGCUUCUUCCUCUAACCUCUCUCACCCGCCUCAAACCGCCGACUCCAACCGCCGCUCCGCAGAAGACCAACACCAUCAAAAUAGCCAUUCCAUCCCCGACUCCACCGGCCCUGGCGGCAAUGACCUUGAUCGCGACCAGUCGCAAGCCCAAAACGUCUCGCCCGACGCACCGGACCACAGAAAACGAUCUGUUCUCAGUGGUCUUCGCGGUCGUCUAAGCGGGCAGAGUUCAGCCAGUUCAUCCGUACCUCCUGUGUCUGCGCCCGUACCUGCCCCUUUACCCGCAGGGAUUCCGAACAGCGCGGGUGAAGCAGCUCGGCGCGGCUCCGUUGGUGGACAGAGCCAGGGAGCUGGAGUCGGAUCUGUGGUGGCCCGGGUCCGGUUCGCAGCCUUCGUCACUGCCGAAGUCCGCGGACGGGGGCCGCUAAAUGUGUUGGUCAAGGCGCCCGUCUUUGCGAUGGAGUGA